AUGUGCUUGUAUCGGAAACGAUGCGGGAUAAUCACUCUGCUCGGCACAUUCUCUUACCUCAUCGUAUGCCACGUGGUGUACGAUAGCGGCUCGGCGCGCAGAGAUCAGGGCAUCGACUUCGCGGGCACGCUUAUGAUGGUGACGCUCAAGCUGACGUCAUGCGCCUUCGACUACCAGGACGGCCAAUACCUCUCCGACCCUGUCGCCGCCGAUUCCGCCGCGAGUGCCGCUGCUAACGGGCGGCCUAUCCGCGGUGCGGACCGGCAUUUGCGCGUCCUUCCUUCGCCGCUUGAAUUCAUAGGUUACAUGUUCUGCGGUGGGUUACACCUCACAGGACCCUAUUUCGAAAUGAAACCGUACCUCGAGUGGGCGAGGCACGAGGGUGUGUGGUCUCGAUCCGCGCGAAAGGCGCCGUUCUUGGUGCCGCUUUUGACGGCGCUGGCAUGGGCCGUGCCGUCAGGGCUGCUGCACCUGAUGCUUAAACCGCGUAUGAACGUCGCAAUUACCUCAGACCCCGCUCAGGUCUGGAGCGUUCCGUACGUGGCGCGAUGGGGGUACGCAAUCCUGGCGACGUACGCCGUACGUACGAAAAUCUAUUACGUGUGGAUGGUGGCGGAGGGUAGCAUGGUGGCGAGCGGACUGGGGUUCAGUGGAUGGGUGCCGCGAGGCGGAGCUGGUGCCGCUAGCGGUAGCAACAGGAGUAGCAGCAGAGCGCGGGGAGAGAAAGCGGAGACAAGGGGACGGCGCGCGGACCUGGCGGGGCAGGCGGAUUGCGCGCCCCUGAGAAAGGUUCUCGGGGAGAGGAGUGCGAACUGUGGUGACGCGGCCGUACCUGCACUGACGACUACUGCGGUCGCAGGAAGUGCGAUACUAUCGGAUAGUGACGAAGACGAGAACAGCGCGCCUGUGAUCAGAGCGAGUGUGAGAAAGACGAGCAGCAAGUCCAGGCCAAGAGUGGCUGUGACGGCAACAGUGCCGCAGCUGGAGCAGAUCGACUCAGACGAGGAGAGGGAGAGGGAGACGGAGGGGAAGAGGGGAGGGAGGGAGGAGGAGCGGGAGGUGGAAGCGAAGGAGGCGAGCUGGAAGCGGGCGCGCAACAUUGACAUCGUGGGGGUGGAGGCGGUGACGGGUAUGCAUGGCUUCGCCAAGAACUGGAACGUGCGCACCGGCGAAUGGCUCCGCACCUACAUCUACGAGCGCGUGACACCCGAGGGGCAGAAGCCAGGCGUGUUACCGCUGAUACUCACAGUCUGCACCAGCGCCGUCUGGCAUGGUGUGUACAUUGGAGACUUCUUCUUCGCCCUCAACAUGGCGUGGCUCAUUAUGGGCUCGCGCAUCAUCUACCGCUACCAGCGCACCAUCCCCGCCUCCUCCCGCCUCCUCUCCCUCACGAUCGCCACGCUGCAUUCCCUCUACUCCUUCCUCGGCGCCAAUUAUUCGGCCCAGGGUUUCAUUCUCCUCUCUGCCUCGCAAACACUUGUGGCGUACCCUGCUGCAGCCAUGUCGCAAAAACCCAAGACCAUUCUAGUGCCGGUGGAUCAGUCGGAGAACAGCGAGCGCGCCGUGCAGUACGCGCUCACACGAGUGUGCCGUGCGGGCGUCGACACGCUGCAUCUGCUGCACGUGCAGGACUCCACGCACCUCAGCGUCUCCAUCGCCGGCGACAUGGUGGUGCCGCCGGCGGUGGUGGACGAGAUGUCGCGGCGCGCGUCGAGCGAGGCGUCCGCUCUCGUCCGCAAGUACCUCGCCGAGGCCGACGCCGCCAAGGUGCCAGCGCAAGGGUACUACGCGCUGGGGGACGCGCGCGAGGUGAUUGUAGCGAGGGCCGCGGCGAUCAAGGCGGACCUCAUUGUCAUGGGCACGCGCGGCAUGGGCGCUCUCUCGCGAGCGAUGCUGGGCAGUGUGAGCGACUACGUGGUGAACCACGCCACGUGCGCCGUGCUCAUAGUGCGCCCACCGCCCCCGCCCUCCGCCGACCAGCCGCAGCAGCACCAGGCGCUACAGCAGGCGCCUCUUGACCACCCGUCCCAGCGCGUGCUGCUGCUCGCCGUUGACAACUCCGAUGGCAGCAGACUUGCUCUCAGGUAUGCAUUGGAGGAGUUCUGCCGGGCGGACGACAUACUCAUUCUGCUCGCCGUGCUGCCCACACCCCCCUGGGCCGCCUAUGGCGAAUACUACAACCAAGAGAUGAUUGAGCGGUUGGAGCGGGCGGAGCUGCAGGAGGCAGAUGCGAUGCUGGAGGAGUUUGCAGAGCAAGUGCGCGCCAUGCACAUCGUGUGCAAGAAGGAGGUGAUACGAGGGGACGUGCGCGAGACCAUCUGCUACUCCGCUGAGCAGUUCGGGGCCGAUGUGCUGCUCAUGGGCUGCAGAGGGCUCUCCGGGCUCAAAAAGAUGCUUUUAGGAAGUGUCAGUGACUACUGUGCUCACCGUGCGAAUGUGCCCAUGCUCAUAGUGAAGCCACAGGAGCACUCCACUGUGGACCUUCUCUCCCCUAGAGUUCACCUGCUGUCGCCUUUGCAUCGCCACCCCACCUGCCUGCCUACAGCAAAUACAAUUUCCUUUGUUCUUGCUCUUCCAUAUGUUAUUUUCAGGGUCGCCGUCACCAUCACUGGUUUCUCGGAUUCUGCCGCUCGCCUCACCGCACCGCCAGCACUAUCUUCCGUCACUUCCGAUCCAAUCAACCCGUUUCGCCGUCUCGAACCAGAUCCCAACGCAUCGGCUCUCAUCCCGAGAUCCCUCCAUUCAUUCCUUCAUUUCGACGUCAACCCAUUCGACUGCAAACACCGUUUUGCCAUCAUGAGCGGAAGGCGAGCAGUUACCACCCUCCUUCGCGCUGCCUCGCAGGCGCGUCGGUAUGCGUCGUCGUCGUCAUCGUCCGUGACGACAGCGCAUCAGCCGGCGGUGUUCGUGGAUAAGACGACACGUGUGCUGUGUCAAGGCAUCACCGGGAAGAACGGCACCUUCCAUACGGAGCAGGCCAUCGAGUAUGGCACCAACAUGGUGGGCGGCGUGGUGCCGAAGAAAGGCGGGUCGGAGCACCUGGGGCUGCCCAUUUUCAACUCCGUCGACGAGGCCAAGAAGGCCACCGGCGCCAACGCGUCCGUGAUCUACGUGCCGCCGCCAUUCGCGGCGGCGGCGAUCAUGGAGGCCAUGGAGGCGGAGCUGGACCUCGUCGUGUGCAUCACCGAAGGCAUCCCGCAGCACGACAUGGUGCGCGUGAAGGCGGCGCUGAUGCAGCAGAGCAAGACGCGGCUGAUCGGCCCCAACUGUCCGGGCAUCAUCAAGCCGGGCGAGGCCAAGCUCGGUAUCAUGCCCGGCUACAUCCACAAGCCCGGCCGCAUCGGCAUCGUCUCGCGCUCCGGCACACUCACCUAUGAAGCUGUGUACCAGACGACGCAGGUGGGGCUGGGGCAGUCGACGUGCGUGGGCAUGGGAGGCGACCCCUUCAACGGCACCAACUUCGUCGACUGCCUUGACAAGUUCAUUAAAGACCCGCAGACCGAAGGCAUCAUUCUGAUCGGUGAGAUUGGCGGCAGUGCGGAGGAGGACGCGGCGGAGUUCAUCAGGGCGAGUGGCACCACCAAGCCCGUCGUCUCCUUCAUCGCCGGCCUCACUGCUCCGCCCGGCCGCCGCAUGGGCCACGCCGGAGCAAUUAUCAGCGGGGGCAAGGGCACGGCGCAGGACAAGAUCAAGGCGCUGGAGGGUGCAGGGGUGACGGUGGUGCGCUCGCCCGCUCAGAUUGGCAACGCCAUGUUCGCUGCCUUCAAGGAGCGUGGACUUGUGUAG